CUUCACGUCACUUGGCUAAACACAAAAUACGGCAGUAGACGCGCGCAGAACAGACAACACGUACACAUCGAGGGACAUUCGUACGGAGUAAGCAAGAAUAGAAGGAGAGCGCAAAAUGUCAAAUGACAAGUGGUUCGAGAUGAACCAAAGCACCCAGAAGCUGAUCGGCGAACCACCGAAGCGCAAGUUUGUUCAGAUACGCUGGAGCUCCAUUCUGGCGGUCCCCACGCUCCUGUUGGUCGUGCUUUUCAUCCAAAACAUCGUCUUCUUCUACUUGAACAGGCCUCAGGACAUCGUCAAAGAGUUGGGCGCGCUGGUGGCGACUUUGCCCAACAGCAUCCCGGACCGCAACUGCACCGACUUCGCCUGCCACUGGGCGGCGCUGCAGACCGCGUUAGCACAGCCGAAUGCAAGUCACGUCGCGCUUUCCAACUACCUGGAGACGAGUCAGACAAGGCUGAAGGCAGGUCAGGAGGCAGGUCAGACGGCAUUGGCAGAGCUGAAGGCAGGUCACGGCACCAUUUCCAGCGACCUGGAGAAGACUCAGACCGCAUUGGCAGAGCUGAAGGCAGGUCAGACGGCAUUGGAGGCAGGUCAGGAGGCAGGUCAGACGGCAUUGGCAGAGCUGAAGGCAGGUCACGGCGCCAUUUCCAGCGACCUGGAGAAGACUCAGACCGCAUUGGCAGAGCUGAAGGCAGGUCAGACGGCAUUGGAGGCAGGUCAGGAGGCAGGUCAGACGGCAUUGGCAGAGCUGAAGGCAGGUCAGGAGGCAGGUCAGACCGCAUUGGCAGAGCUGAAGGCAAGUCACAACGCGGGUCAGAGCCUGCUGGCCAAAGCCUGGCAGGAGAUUAGCAGCGACAAAGGGCUUCUGAGUCAGACACUGAAAGACCUGAAGACGGACUACAACAGCAUGUCUCGGGCGCGCUCACAAGAGAACAAGGACUUGAGUUCGGCUUUGUCCAGCCUGCGGCAGAAGGUGGUGGAUCAGCCCACCCUUAACAGGGAACUCCAUGGUCUCAUGCCCAGAGACUGCAGUGACAUCAUGGCGGCGGGAAAGUCCAAAAGUGAUGUCUAUUACAUCUUUACAGGGUCCAACAGCAUCGAGGUUUACUGCAACAUGUGGCAGGACGGGGGAGGCUGGACCGUGAUCCAGAGGAGAAAGGACGGCACCGUCGACUUCGCUCGGGGUUGGAACGACUUUCGAAAGGGCUUUGGACGCCUCUCCGGAGAGCACUGGCUCGGCCUGCAAAACAUCCACGCUCUGACGGCCUCGGGCGAUUACCAGUUGCGGAUCGACUUCACCGCAUUCGACGGCGCCAAAUACUACGCUCUCUACAACACGUUCACGGUGGGCCGGAACUCGAUGGACCCCGACAAGGACGGGUACCCGCUGUAUGUGAGCGGCUACUCUGGAAACGCAGGCGAUCGUUUCACCCAGCAUUCUGGGGAGAUGUUCACCACCAAGGACCGCGACCAAGACAAGUGGGAUAAUGGCAAUUGCGCCACCAGGUGGGAUGGCGCUUGGUGGCACGAGUACUGUCACUGGACCAACCUGAACGGGCUGUACAAGGCAACCGGCACCUGCAACGGUCACAAUGUAAUCUGGAAGGAUUUGGGGUCAGCACGGUUUACCUGCCUGAGAUUCGUGGAGAUGAAGAUCCGGCCCAGAAAGUGA